AGGAAGUCUAUUUUGUGGAUUUUGCCCAAUGAUUUACAGAAAACGCCAUUUCGGACAGUAACGCACCAAAUGGAAGAGGAGAAAACGGCGCAAACUUCUUGGUCAAAUUGACUCUCUCAGCUUGAUUUUGAUCUUCGCUCAGUUGCUGUCAAGAACACAAGGCAAACAACUAGCUCCGGCGACUUAGGAAGGAACCCUCGUCAUAUUCAGAAUGAACAGAGUUGCUUAAAUUGAGGUGUUGGCCGUUGAAAACACUCCAUUUCAUGGCAGGCAAUGGCCUGCCAUCAUUGGGUCGUGUUAAGCUUACGGAUAUAGCACCAUCCGAAGGUGUUCCUUCUGAGUCUUUCAAAUUGUCGGUCUCAACUCUGUCACAUUCACUAGCUCAAUACUCUGCUGCCAUCAUCCAAUUCCCUGCUUGUGAUGGGGCUCUUUUAAGGUCUGGUUUAGAUUCUGCGCGUCUCUACUUCCACCAGAGAGCUGCAUGUUCAUCUGCCGAGUUGAUGCAAAACAAUGAUUCACGAGAGUGGUGCAGAACUUCUGGUUAUUAUGUGGAUGCUCAGAUGUGGCAAGAAACAUAUGAUUAUAGGCCUGGAUUGACUCCAGUUGAGCCCAGCAAUGGAAUGGAGGUACCACCUGCAGGUUUGCCAGACAUAUUUGCACUCUAUGGAAAGGCAUCUCGAAUAAUUUUGGAUGCCAUCAGCUUCUAUCUAAACUUGCGCAGCUCUCCUUUCACAGAAAUACUCGAUAAUGUUCCCCUAAGAAGUAGGGAGAUAUCAUCUUCUGUGUUGUCCGUGUGCUGUUAUGGGAGACCCUCAUUUCAUGGAGAGCAUCACCAUAAAUUAACUGCUCCAGAGGAUAGCCACUUGGCUAUGUAUGCGUCGGACCAUGACCAUCAAAUUGAUAAAAGUCUUAUUACUCUGGUAAAGUCAGAUAAGGCAGGUUUACUAAUAAAGGAUUUCAAUGGUAGAUGGAUUCUUGUGGAUGGAGAUCUUGGGCCUCAAGAUGCUAUAGUUUAUCCUGGACUUGCACUCUAUCAAGCAACUGCGGGGUAUGUGAAUCCUGCUUUGCUCAGAACAGAUGUGAAUAAUAUUCAAGGUAGUAUGUAUGGACGGUGCUCCUUGUUGUUCAAACUCAUGCCUAAAUCCAUGACUAGCCUCAGUUGUUCGGAAAUGAGAGCAGCUGGCCAUGGGGUAGAUGUUCAGUUCCAGCUUCCAGUACCAGUGGAUGACUUUAUGCAGAGAUCACCCUCAACCGACCAAGUCUUUAACCGCCCAAAUUUCCAUAAUUUCAGUUUCUCUACAUCCCAAGAUGGAUCCAUAAAAAUGAGGAGGAGAAAGAAUAAUUCAAGUACCAAACCUCUACCCCCUUCUAAGAGAUUACGGCUUGAGGCACAGAGAGUUCUGAAGGAGAAAGUACAGGAUAUUGCAGAUAAGAAGGGUAUCAAAUUGAGGUUCUGUAGUCUGAAGGAUUGUGAGAGUCACAUUCACACAUUAGAUAGCCCUUGUGCCAGCACAAGAAUGGAGAUUGGGUGGCCUCCUGGAGUGCCGUUUGUUCAUCCUCACGAUCUACCUAAUAAGGCAAAAAUUGGUUUUCUUGAAGCUUAUGAGCCUGGUUGGACAGCUAGUCAUGAGGUUGAAUUAAGUCUUACUGAACCUGGGCAAGUGGGUCAACAGUCAACCAACUGAAUUAGUUCAUGUUCUGUACAACAAUGAAUUCUCAAGGCCUCGUAGCUUGCAACUUCAAAACCAGUUCCAUUCAUUCAUGGCUGUUGAUCAGCUCAUCAUACCUGCGCUCAGAUUGUCGUUUCAAUACCAAUGCUGACAAAUCGUGCUUGUUUGCAUCUCCAGCAAAGACUGUACAUAUGUAUUACUUUCUGGGUAAGCCUGUUUCAUCUUCAUCUCCUCUAACUGUUGGACAGCUUCAUCUUAUUUGUUGGAGGACAACUCUUGAAGAAAGGGGUUUGUUAAGUUAGCUAACCAGUGAUGGUAAUGGAGUGGAAAGAACUAUUUCCUUUGAAUUCUAGUAGAGAUUUUUCUCAUGUUAGUCAUACCUUCAUGUUCCUAGACUAGUCAAGUAUGAUGUGUAAAAUUUGGGAAAUACGAUUAGAGAGCAGAAAUAUACAAACUUGACGUUCCUGAAGAAAUAUUUGCUGUUUUCUUCUUUUUCUAUUCUUGAUGUUGUUCUUCUUAUACCAGUGGAUCGUGACUUAAGCUCUUCACAAUACAUCUCUUUUGCUUUUAAA